AUGCUCGGCUGCCUGUCCGGUGGAGCGCCACGGAACGGGCGUCGUAGAAGAAGCCUGUCCGAGUCGCCACCACCGCUGCCCCCAAGAACCCUACCCCAAGGGCAUAGCGUAUUGGCGCCGAUGUCGCGGUUAUUCAAUUGGAAGCUGCGGCUUGGGCUUGGGCGAAAGACGCCGGAACCACGGGAAAGUGUCGCUGUCCAUAUCGCCGAGAAUUCGAUGCCACCUCCAGCCGUAUCAUCUCAAGAACAGAAGAGCCCGAGGGUUCGAUUUGAUGAGACGCCCACCGUACAGGAGGUCUGGAACGGCGGACCCCCAAAUCCUGAAUAUCGUCUUCACCCACACGAAAUCUCAACGCCUCCUGGUGACGCGCCGAAACCAUAUCCCGGCUAUGCACUUCCAACCGCAUACCCUUAUAAUUCCGUUCAACAACUCGGCACCAUCCAAGAAAUCGACUACGAUAUAGGGGACAAAAAACCGCAAAGAGGCGAUUGGAGCUAUGAUGAUGAUGUUAAGGUAACUAUCGCUCCCGUAAACCAAAAUGACAUCCCGAAGCAGAAUGCUCAUCGUGACUCUACUAGGGCGUCCACCGUUCUUCAGAAUUUACGCGAACAGGCGGAUCAUAUUGAGUUCAAUGAACGGAGACGGCAACUCGGCACUAAUCCCCAAGUUGGUGGCACCCUGCCAGGUCCAAGUCCCGUGCCUGAACACAGCAAUACUAUCGACAGAAGCAUGAACUUGCCCAGGGCGUCUCCAAUUCAACAAAACAGACAUUUUAUCGAGCCCCAAUCGAGCGCAAAACGAGAUUGGGACGAUAUGAAUGUCGUUUUUCUACAGGCCAACGACGAGGUUAAACGCGUGGUUUUGCCACCCCGGAUUGAUGCGAUGGAGCAGAUUAAGAUGGCAUUUGUCAGAGUCUUCCCACAUAUCACCAGAUCAUAUAUCGAACAACCAUUUGUGAAGAUCUACAUCCAGGAUGCAGCCAAGGGCCUAUUUUAUGAGCUUGACGAUCUGAGGGAGGUUCGCAACAAGACCGUCCUCCGCCUCCGUGAGCAGAGAGCCGGUGGUGUUGCUUCUCCCGUCCGUCAUUUGGAACAUCCCGAUUAUCAUUCCGAGGCUGAAUACGACGAUCGAAAUGCACAUCGUUUCGUUUCGCUUGCCCGCCCUGCCUCGGCAAUGGCACGAGCCCGUGAUCCAUAUUAUGAUUCCUACUCCUCGGAUGCUUCUGAAAGCCGUGCAAAUAGUGUAGCACGUAGUGGUUCAGCCACUCCGAUCAUUGAUCGAGAAGCCAGGGAUCGAAUGGAAUGUAUGGAACGUCAACUAGCAGGACUAUCAUCACUUGUCCAUACUGCACUUGUUAGCAAAGGUAUGCCUGAAUCAGCGCAAAAAGAUAUGGCCGAUUUGCGACGACAGAUUUUGGCUUUGCAUCAAGAAGCUGAACGUGUGCAGACCGAUAGCUAUUCCACAAUUUCUGAACAACCAUCACCUGGCAGGGAUCUUCUAUCAAUACGUGAUCGAGUUCAUGCAGCUGGCAGCGACUGUCGUCAAUUAAAAUCUAGCGCCCAGGCAAAUGCACAUGAAGCCAAGAAACUUCUCGAAGAGGCUAGCCAUGAAAUCACAAAAAUCGUCUCGCACCAAAUGGCCGGGUCCGCCCAGAAUAUCCACCGAUUGGCCACACCACAACCAUUCACUAAAGAACAACUUGACCAAGAGCGAGCACUUCGAAAUGAGCACGAGAAACGCACUCGCGAUCUUGUUGACAAUUUGACUAACUUCGAACAAAACGUCGAAACGCUACGAUCAUCGGUGUUGACGGCAAAUCGAAAGUUGAGGAUGAGCGAGGUUGAACAACUGACGGAACGAUUGACCCAGUUGGGGCGAACAGCAGCAUCUAUUAAAACUGACUUCCCCAACUUGCAAACAAAGAUCGAAGCUCGGUUGAAGGAAGAUAUGGAAAGGGUCGUUCGAGAUGAGAAAUAUAUUCGAGAGGAGACGACGGCUGUUGAUCAGAGUCUUCGACGAUGCAAAGCCCUUGCAAAUAUAAUGGUGACAAUGAAAAAGUUAGCGAUGGUACAAGACCCAUCUCUGUCCCGUGGGUCCUCUGGUCGUCAUUCAUCUUCAUCGAAGGUGCCACCCGCCCCGCACAAUUACCCGCGAACAGAACCCUCUUCUACCCAUGCAAUGACUACGACAUCCCUCGACUCUGUACUCGAUGAAAUGCAGAACAUCCCAGCUGUCCCCCACCCACCCGCCACCGCUUCAACUCAGCACCCAGCCAUUCAGAUGACGCCGACCGGCCAACCGCCUCGCCCUCCCUCCAGAACCUCAGUGAGCGAUGUCCGAUCGAAAUUCAAGCAACCACCCGAACUGCCCGAACAGAUUCGCAGUCUUAUCGAGGACGCCAAGCGCUCUUCCCCCUCCCUUGAAUCCCAAUCUGGAGAACGACCCAAAACAUUAGAGGAACGACAGAAGGAACUUGCUGAAAAACAACGCCAACUCGCCACCCAAUUUCAUCAAAUGCAAACAGCACCUCCAUCC